AUGGUGUACGCCACUCCAGUGCAUUUAUCAGUGCAAAACAAUUCAACUGCCCAAGCCAAGUUCAUUACCAUGCUGGCUCGCUAUUCUCGACGCUUAACUCUCCAGCCAACAACCACCUCACGCGCACUACGAUCCGAUACUUUAUCAUCAUCAUCUCCAUUAAAAGUGCUGAUCAUCGACGGUUACGCGCCUGAGGGCCGCGCUGACCUUGAAGCUGGCGGUGCCAGCACAGCCGGUCAACUCUACGUCGAUCUGCUGAACAAGUCGGCACCUGCAGGUGUAAGUGUCACGUCAGAUGUUGUGUUUCCUUCCGAUAGCGACUUUCAGACUCCAGAUCUAUCUCAGUAUCAUGCCGUAGCGUGGACAGGCUGUUCGCUAACAAUCCACAACGAUAGAGACGAGCGCGUCACGAAGCAGAUUGAUUUUUCGAAAAAAGUCUUUGAAGAAGGUAUUCCACAGUAUGGUAGUUGUUGGGCGGCUCAGAUUGCAGUUGCUGCUGCAGGAGGUUUUUGUGGACCGAAUCCUCGAGGUCGCGAGAUGGGUAUUGCGCGUAAGAUUAAACUGUCUCCGGAAGGCCGUGCACACGCAAUGUUUGAGGGCAAGCCAUCAGUCUUUGACGCCUUUACGAGUCAUAAUGACGAGGUGACCCACAUGCCUCCUGGAGGACUCGCAUUGGGUGGCAACAGUUUUACGACAGUGCAGGCAGUGGCAGUGCGCUAUAAGAAGGGCGACUUUUGGGCCGUACAGUACCACCCAGAAUACGAUUUACACGAACUCGCACGGCUCACGUACUGCCGCCGAGCUAAACUCGUUGAUUUGGGAUUCUUUGCUGAUAUGAAGAGCGCUGACCAGUUUAUUGAUGAUUUAGAAAAUCUGCACAUUGAUCCGUCUCGAUACGAUAUUGCGUGGCGCCUUGGACUGGAUGCAGACGUCAUGGAUGAGAAUAUUCGCCACUGUGAGACGCGCAACUUCAUCAAGUAUCUUGCGCUUCCUUACAAAGCGGCGAUAGGGGCCAAGUAA